UUCUAUAACUCUUUCUAAAAUGCACCUACUAUGUUGUGUGAAAUAUACGCAACAUGUUCCCAAAAUAAGGGAAACCUCAUUUUAGCAGCCGGCUCGAUCGACCUAGUCCGACACUAGCACGCACUCGGGAUCCGCGAGCCGGGGCAUUUCCCUUUCCAUUCGAUUGGACACGUUUCGUGAACCAUUUGGGUGGGACUCCGCGCACGAGGCGUCAAACGUCGCCGAUGACGUCAUCGAGUCCGGACGAUCGCGUGCCGACUUGCGUUUCUUCCGAAGGAGCCCCGAUUGCCGCUCCGCGUUACGGAGUGUCGGUACCGAUCUUAAGGCAGCUAGCGUGACACUUCGGGAGGCGCCGCUGGAAUGAGGUAGAACGCAGUGGAGGCCAUCUUGGAGUGAUGAUGUGGCGGCCAUUGUUGACCUUUUUGCUACUGGACAGUGUAUGUACACAGAAGGGCUCCAGCAAGGAGUUGAAAGGCCAUGUGUCUGUGGUCAUUGUGGGUGGCACGGGCGAUUUGGCCAAGAAGUACCUUUGGCAAAGCUUCUUCCAGCUGUAUGCUGAUCAGGUCAGCAGUGGGUACAGCUUUUCCUUCUAUGGCGGCGGCCUUUCAGAGGCUGAGAAAGGCAAGCCCAAAUUCUUUCAGAUUCUGAAGAGCCUGGCGUGCCCGUCGGAGGGGUCGGAGGAGCGGUGUGCUCUGCUGAAGGAGCAGUUCUUCAAGCUGGCUCAGUACCAGCAGCUGAACACCACAGAAGAUUAUGAAAAUCUGGCACGAGACAUCAGACAGCGGCCAGAAGAUGAAGGCCUGGCGGAGGCGGGCCGGCUGUUUUACCUGGCCGUUCCUGCGUCCACGUAUGCUGAUGUCGCGGAGAAGAUCAGCCGCAGCUGUAGGCCCGGCCAGGGGCAGUGGCUUCGGGUGGUGCUGGAGAAGCCGUUCGGCCAUGACCUGGACAGUGCUGAGCAACUAGCCACGCUGCUGAAGAAGUCUCUGCACGAGGACGAGAUGUUCCGGAUAGACCACUACCUAGGAAAGCAGGUGGUUUCCCAGAUAUUGCCGUUUCGGAAAGACAACAAGAACUUCCUUGACCCCAUCUGGAACAAACAUCACAUAGAGCGAAUGGAGAUAGUUCUGAAAGAAACUCUGGAUGUAAAAGGCAGGGCUCAGUUUUAUGAUCAGUAUGGGGUGAUCAGGGACGUGCUGCAGAACCAUCUGACGGAGGUCCUUCUCCUUCUGACAAUGGGAGUCCCAGCCGAUAUGAGCAACAGCGAUGAGAUUGUCAACAAGAAGCUGCAAGUCUUCAGCUCUUUAAAGGACAUCGACCGGACUAGUGCUGUCAUUGGUCAAUACCAGGCCUACAACUCUGAGGUGCAGGAGGAGCUUAACAGGACCAAGGAAGACAUCAGCAACACACCCACCUUUGCAGGUGUUGUGGUUCAUGUCAGGAACACUCAGUUUGAUGGAGUUCCUAUCUUCUUGACCUCUGGGAAGAUGCUGGAUGAGCAGGUGGCCUAUGCCCGCAUCCUCUUCAAGAACGAGGUCUUUAGUGUUCGGAAUUCCAGCAGUCUCCGAUGUAGCCCCAAGCAAAUAGUUUUCCUCCUGAGACAUGGUAACCUACUGCACUCGGCCAUUCUCGUCAGCAAGAAUCUCUUCAAGCCUACUGUUCCAGAUGAUAGCUGGAAAGAGGUGACAGGAGAGAGAGAUACUGCCUUGUUUGGCCUGCCCUUGUCAGGUUACCACAUCUACAUGCCCACGUUCCAGAGGGAGGCCCAUGAGGUGGUCGUCUCCCAAAUCUUUCAUGGCAGAAAGGACAGCAUUAUCCGAGUAGAAACCAUGCUGGCUUCCUGGGCUUUUUGGACACCCCUAUUAGACAGCCUAGCACAGCAGGUUCCGCGCACAUAUCCCGGAGGCACUGACACGGAAAAUCUUCUCGACUUCCAGCUGCAUGGCAGGAAGAUUACCUUCACAAAUGAAGCUGUAAUCUUGAGCCCACGUGCCUUUGUUGGGGGGUCGGCCACAGCUGAGAACUUCCAGGUCAUGCGCGGCAAGUACCGUAACGCAGACAUGGUGUCAGCCUGGCCGGAGGAGCUCAUCGAUCGACUCGCCGCCGACCUGCAGGCCGCAGCCGAAGAGGCAGUGGAGGGUGGUGGACUUUUCCACCUGGCGCUGUCCGGAGGCUCCAGCCCCCUCGCCCUGUUCCAGCGCUUGGCUGUACAUCACUACUCCUUCCCGUGGCAGCACACGCACAUAUGGAUGGUGGAUGAACGUUGUGUGCCAUUGUCAGAGCCCGGCUCCAACUUCCAUGCCUUGCACGAGGACCUUCUACAGCAUGUACGGCUGCCCUAUUUCAACAUUCAUCCUAUGCCUGUACACCUCAAUCGACGUCUUUGCGUCGAGGAGGACGGCGGCCCGCUGCUCUACGAGAAUGACAUCUCCCGAUUGGUCAACGGCUCCAGUUUUCACUUUGUUCUACUGGGUGUAGGUUAUGAUGGACAUACAGCUUCACUCUUCCAAAGCACUCAGCUGGACUCCCAUGCGCACAGGCUGGUGGUUCUGACGGAGAGCCCGGUGAAACCACACCAGCGCAUGAGCCUUACUCUAGCUGCCAUCAAUCAAGCUCAGAGGGUUGGUGUACUGGUGACGGGUAAAAGCAAACAUGAGAUGAUCAUUCAGCUGAGCCGGAUAAAGGAUGAUCCACAGAAGUGGCCCAUAACAGGUGUCAGGCCUACUGGUGGCAAGCUGGUGUGGUAUAUCGACUAUGAUGCUCUAUUAGGCUAAAAGCCUCGGUCACUGGUGCAAUUCCUAGAAAUCUACUGAAACCAAAUAAUUUGGAAAUGUGUAUGUCUGUUUGUUUUUUACACAUUAAAACCCUUUCACAACUAUCAAGAUUAUUUUUAUAUUGAUAAAGAUAAUGGAUAGAUAAUUGAGUUCUUGAUGUUGCACUGGUUUUAUGUGUUUCCUCAUGUGUAAUGGUUUGAUUUUCAUGAUAAACUAUUGAACAUCGAUGAAAUGGUAUUCAAACAAGUCUCAAAGUAUUUGAACAUGCCACAGUGUUUUCAAAAUGGUUCUUUCUUUGUUUUCCCUUUAAAUUCAUCAUUUCAGGGAUACUUUUACUCUGUGCUUAGUUUGAAUAUCAGUUUGAGGAUGAUUGGUUUGCCAUGAUAUACACUGAAACAAAAAAAAAGUCACCAUUUGAAUUUAAAUCAGCAAAUACUUAAAAGCCAAUGACUGGAUCAUUAUUACAGCUCAGCUACGUUAUACAGCAAUAAAGUGAAGUCAGCUGCGUGCCUGAAUCUUCUGGAUGGCCAGGUUACCGCUUCAUCCAUCAUCCAUGGAUUUUUUCUUCCCUAAUGGCAUGGACAUAUUCCAGGAUGAUGAUGCCUAUGUUUAUCUUGUUUAAACUGUGAAGGAAUGGUUAAAGAGCAUGAGGAAUCAUUUUCACACGUGAUUUAACCACCACAGUCUUGAAAUCUUUGGUAAAUCUUUGGGAUGUGCUGAAGAAGACUUUAUGGAGUGGUCCAACUCACCUAUCAUCAAUACAAGAUCUUGGUGAGAAAUUAAUGCAAAUCUGGAUGGGGGAAAAAAAUGUUGAUGUUGCAUAAGCUUGUGGAAACCGCCGUGAUGAAUGUGUGCCAUAAUCAAGCUAAAGGCGAUCCAACUAAAAAUUCAAAUGAUUUUUUUUUUUUUGGCCAGACAGUGUAUAUUUUCACAUCACAAUGAACAUGCCUUAAGUGUAGUUCAAAUGAAGAAAUGAUUUGUAGCAAUUUUGAAUCUCAGGAAUGUUUGUUCUAUAUUUCAGGGAUAAUUGGUCGCAAACUCCUAUUCAGGGUUUUACAGCAUAGAUUAAUGUAGAAAAUUGUUGGAUAUUGAUGGUCCUUUUUACAGCUGCCUAGGAAACUGGUGAUUUUGAAUGGAAGUUCCAUCUAAAAACGUGUGUUAUGUUCUUGUCUAUUUCUAUCAGACCAGUCCCUGUUUGUUCUUGCGUUCGGUGGAACCACAUGCCUAACUAUUGUCUUCUUGUCUGAUCAUUACUCUGGACAUGGCAAUGUGACCAAUCCAAGCUGUUUUUUCAUAAAGAAGAAUUUACAAACUUA